AGCAUCUGACAAAGCGAUCGUCAGCCUCUGAGCGGCAGGCUCACCAGGUUGAUCCAGAGACUUCCAGCCGCUCUACGGUGCCUCCGCGUCUGCCAGGCCCCGCUGUUGACUACAGAGGAGUUUUCACCUCUGGAUCUGAAUUAAAACAUUAACGAUAAUGCCCACAAUAAAACUACAGAGUUCGGAUGGGGAAAUCUUCGAGGUGGACGUUGAGAUAGCCAAGCAGUCUGUCACCAUCAAGACCAUGUUAGAAGAUUUGGGAAUGGAUGAUGAAGGAGACGAUGACCCAGUUCCCCUCCCUAAUGUGAACGCUGCCAUCCUCAAGAAGGUGAUUCAGUGGUGCACUCAUCACAAAGAUGACCCUCCUCCUCCUGAGGACGAUGAGAACAAGGAGAAGAGGACAGAUGACAUUCCUGUGUGGGACCAGGAGUUCCUUAAAGUGGACCAAGGCACCUUGUUUGAACUCAUUCUGGCUGCCAACUAUUUGGACAUCAAAGGCCUGUUAGAUGUCACUUGCAAGACGGUGGCCAACAUGAUCAAAGGCAAAACCCCAGAGGAGAUCAGGAAGACUUUCAACAUCAAAAAUGAUUUCACAGAGGAGGAGGAAGCCCAGGUACGCAAAGAGAACCAGUGGUGUGAAGAGAAGUAAAGGGGAAGAUCCUGCCAACACUACCACACUGAAAAGGAUUGUCCCUGCUAACUGGUUGCACUGGCGUUGUUCAUACUUGUUAAUAUUUACAUUUAGUAUAUUUAGAGCCACAUGCCCACAUCCCCUUUCCUCAAUUUCUGUAUACCAAUAGCAUGACCAUUUUAACUUGCCUGUGUGGUGUUUAUUAAUUUAAGUAAAGAAGCUCUUUUCUGUUUCCAAACUCUCAUGUUGUGUAUUCACAUAAAAUAAAAAGUCCUGGUUUCAUGGCUUUGUACCCUUAAAGAUUAGAAGACAGUCCUUUCAUAUUUCCCCUAUUAUUAAUUGCUAUGGUUGUCUUUUUUACUGGACAUGUUUGUUUUCUUUUAGGUUAAUUGAUUAAAUAAAAUGGCUUUUUUGACAAUGGAAAUGAAAGGGUGAAUAUUAUUUUUGCCCAGUAAAUGCAUUUGUUCUGUGAAACCAUGUUAAGAGAGGGAUGAGGUGUUAAAAGGAAAAGUGAGGUUUGAGGUGGAAAAGAUGUUUGUUUUUUUUCGCUUAAUGUCCUCUGGACUUGAAGUACGUGUGUGUCGUCACACAGUGUUGGGUAACUCAUUUCUAAUUCAUGUUGUAUUGAAUAGGAAACUUCUCAGAUAAGCUGGCUUUUUGGAUGGUUACACAUAUACUGAAGGAGUAAAUAAAACAUAUAAAAAGGU